UACUCGGAUUUGGAUUUGACACUGUGGAUCGCAUCGCGCUCCAUCUGUGGAGAGCGCAGAAUAAUGGGAAAAAAGGGCCACGGAAAAUCUGGAGGCAGAGGAAAAGUACAAGAAUCGAGUAACGAAACAAGCGCACCGCGGAAACUAUCUCGCCAGAAAAGAAAUGAACUAAAUCAAGUAUUGGAGAAGCUAUUAAAAGUAAGCACCAGUGUACCCCUCUCGCCCAAUGCCAGCAGAGAAUGGGAGUCGCACCUGGAGAUCGACAGACUGCUGCAGAAAGUAAACCAGCUGGAGGCAGCCAUGAAGAUACCACCAGAGAAGGAGCGCACAGGAUGCACAGAGCGACUGUUGUCAUGGGCGGUGGCGAAUGGUGCAGAGGUGCGUGGUGUUAAGGUCACCCACUUCCCAAACUAUGGUUUGGGUCUACAAGCAGAGAGAGACAUCAGUGAAGGCGAGCUAGUGGUUGCAAUCCCGAGGCACAUCAUGCUGACAACAGACACUGCUCGAAAGUCACCAAUACUCGGUCCCUUGAUACGUGAAGACACAAUGCUACAGCAUAUGCCCAACGUGGCCCUGUCACUGCUGCUACUGGUGGAGAGAUUUUCCACCGACUCGUUCUGGCGCCCGUACAUAGAAGCCCUGCCCAAGACGUACACCACUGUGUUGUACUUCACCACACAGGAGCUGCAAGAGCUGAAGGGGUCACCUGUUCUAGAACCAGCAUUGAAACAAUGCCGCAAUAUUGCACGCCAGUACGCCUACUUCAGCAAGCUGUUCCAGAGCAAUUCAGAUCCUGCCAGUGAGAUGCUGAAAGAUAUCUUCACAUACGAGCUUUAUUGCUGGGCCGUGUCCACAGUGAUGACGCGCCAGAACUUUGUUCCUUCCGCAGACGGCGGUGCCAUGCUGAAUGCGCUCAUCCCCGUCUGGGACAUGGCCAACCACGACAACGGAGCGCUGUCAACUGACUUCAGUCCGACGCAGAACCGCAGCGAGUGCUUCGCCUUCCGCAACUUCACGGCUGGCGAGCAGGUCUUCAUACACUAUGGCGUGCGGCCCAACUCCGACCUCUUCGUACACAUGGGCUUCGUCUUCCCAGACAACGAGCACGACUGUGUGAGGCUGCGACUGGGGGUGAGCCGCUCGGAUGCUCUGGCAGCAGAGAGGAUAUCGCUGCUGGCACGACUCGGUCUACCAUCUGCCGGUGACUUUGCUCUUCGACCAGGACCAGACCCAGUUGAGGGUCGGCUACUAGCUUUUCUACGAGUGUUCAGCAUGAACAAAGAUCAGCUGCAGCACUGGAUGGAGAGUGAGAAAGUCUGUGACCUGGUUUAUGAUGACUGUGCACUUGAGACAGAACUGGAGUCUCGAACCUGGAACUUCCUGUACACCCGUAUACAGCUGCUCCUUUCUGCAUACCCGACAACACUGAAGGUGGAUGAGGAGUUGCUGGCAAAGCGGUCGUCGCUGUCCCCAUGCCAUGCGGCAGCAGUGGAGAUGCGUGCCUGUGAGAAGCGGAUCCUGCACAAUGCGCUCGAGUAUGUGAGCCAGCGCACACACACUUGACGGCCCGCCCUCGGGGCGCGUGGCGCGCUACUUAGCCGCCGACACUCCGCGCUCCUCGGGUAACUCCGGGUGGUGUUGACCGGCAGGUGGAGAAGUGGGAAAAUAUCAUGGGCACUGCACUGUCCAGUCCCUGAUCCUCUGGGCCCCAAGUAUGUAAUGACACUGUGCCAGAAUUCUCUUUCCCCUGUACCCACUGGUGUAACCACCCUGUUGCGGCUGUUUGGAUGAUCAGCAGUCCUUAAUGUACCUUACCUGUCAUUCUUGCAUCCACCUGUUACUGUCAUGCAAUUUUAUAUGUGUCUAUGUAUGUGGCUGUCUUAUCAUACAUAAUUGUUGUUAUGUAUUUUACUCAGUAUAAGGAAAAAAAAUAGUGA